UGACCUGCAGGAAGAAGGCAAAAAAGCCAUCAACUCUCCGAUGUCCCCUGCCUUGGUGGAUAUUCGCCCUGAAGACACCCAGCUAGAGGAGAACGAGGAGCGCACGAUGAUCGACCCCACCUCCAAGGAUGACCCCAAAUUCAAGGAGCUGGUCAAGGUUCUCAUUGACUGGAUCAACGACGUCCUGGUGGAGGAGAGGAUCAUCGUGAAGCAGCUGGAGGAGGACCUGUAUGACGGCCAGGUGCUGCAGAAGCUCUUGGAAAAACUGGCGGGCUGCAAGCUGAAUGUGGCCGAGGUGACACAGUCCGAAAUUGGGCAGAAGCAGAAGCUGCAGACGGUUCUGGAAGCGGUGCACGACGUGCUGCGGCUCCACGGCCGGGCGCUCCAGUGGAACGUGGACUCGAUUCACGGGAAGAACCUGGUGGCCAUCCUCCACCUCCUCGUGUCCCUGGCCGUGCACUUCCGGGCCCCGAUCCGCCUCCCAGAGCAUGUCUCCGUGCAAGUGGUGGUCGUGCGGAAGAGGGAAGGCCUGCUGCAUUCCAGCCACGUCACGGAGGAGCUGACCACAACCACAGAGAUGAUGAUGGGUCGGUUUGAACGGGACGCCUUCGACACCCUCUUCGACCACGCCCCAGACAAGCUCAGCGUGGUGAAGAAGUCUCUCAUCACGUUUGUGAACAAGCAUCUGAACAAGCUGAAUCUGGAGGUGACGGAACUGGAGACGCAGUUUGCAGAUGGUGUGUACCUGGUCCUGCUCAUGGGCCUCCUGGAAGACUACUUCGUCCCCCUGCACAACUUCUACCUGACCCCUGAGAGCUUCGAUCAGAAGGUCCACAAUGUGGCGUUUGCCUUCGAGCUGAUGCUGGAUGGAGGGCUCAAGAAACCCAAGGCUCGCCCUGAAGAUGUGGUGAACCUGGACCUCAAAUCUACUCUGCGGGUGCUUUACAACCUGUUCACCAAGUACAAGAACCUGGAGUGACGGCGGGGAGCGCGGAGACAGCGG